AUGUCAUUGAUUGAUUAUCGAUUAUCAUCUAUCUUGAGUUAUGCUGAUCAAGAUUUGUUUAAUGAUCAUGACCAUACUCCACCACUCUCACCUUCUCAUUCUAACUUCACCACUCCUUCUAAUCAUUCUGCUAUAUUUGAUUCCAACAGUUUGAAAUUCUUAUCAUCACCACCAUUACCACCACCUAACUUCAGUUUACCACCUAUUCCUUCACCUACUCAACUAUCAUCCAAUCAUACAAUCUCAACUACUUCUUCAAUUCAACAAACUCAACCAUUCAAUCUCAAACCUAACUCAUCCUUACAAGCUACUGCAUUACUCAACACUCUCAACAGACGUCCAACUCAUCAACCCACUCAACCACAUCAUCAUCAUUCAUCAAACUCAAUCUCAACUCCUACUCUGAUGACCAAACCAAACGAAUGUGAUUUUUCAUUUCUCAAUCAAUCAUCUUCAUCAUCAUCCACUCCAAUCACAUCCACUCCACCUCCUACUACGUUUCUUCAAUCUACUGAUUUCCUAAGUGGUUCACCUGCACCUUCAAGUACUCCUCAUCAGAUCUCACUCUUGCAAUCCUUAUCAUCUGAUCCAGAUCACAAACUACCUCAUUCUACUUUACGUCAGAUCACUAACUUGGAUCAGAUCACUCAGACCUUACAUUCCAAUCAUGUUUCUCCCACCCUAUCACCUAUCUCAUCUAUUCAGGCUCAAGUUCCUAUUCUCAAUCCUCAAUCGGAUCCACUUAUUCCGAUGAGUUCUCCAUCAAGUUCAAACCAACUUCCGUCUCAUCCUCAUCAGACUGAGAUCAUCAGUCCAGAUCAAACUGAGCUUAGUAGGACGACUGAUCGAUUUAUCAAUCCAGGCUCAGGUCCUCUUUCACCUAGAAAUGCCGAACCUAUUCAAAGUUCAUCACAAUUACCUCAAGAUCCAACCCAAUCUCAAAACCAGACCUUAACACCUUCUAGUACUUUAGCAGCUCAAACACCAGGAUCAACUACCACUGUUCCUGAUCCGAUUCCAAGACCGAUCACGACGACUUACAUGGCCAUCAAUUUCUUAAACGAGCUCAAGACCCAAGAAACCACUCAACCCAUCAUCGAAGCUGACCAUCCCACCCGGAUCAUUAACCAAAACAUGAUCAGCUCAUCACAUUCACCACAAUCAAUAACAAUCUCAACUUCAUCAGCUAAUUAUGAAAGUUUAUAUCGAUCAGAUUCUAAAAUCAUACCGAUCACUUUAUUCCCAAGUGUCUUUAAAUUUUCAAAUGGAAAGAAAGUAGCUGUGGAUGGGUUUAUUUCAUAUGCUACUAAAGUAGGAAGGAUCAGAGUGAUUGAUCAGAUCAGUGGAGCAAGAAUGUUAUUAAGAAAACACGAAGGAGUCGUCAUAGAUAUGUCAAUAGGAAAAGCUCAUGAAGGAAAAAGAUGGCGGUGUAUUGGAAGUAUUGGAAGUGAUCGAAGAUUAGUGAUUUGGAAAGUUCCGAAUCGAUUUGAAGAAGAAACAGCGAAUUAUGAAGUCUUGGUCGAUUUGAUUUUGAAAGAUGAUCAUUUAAAGUUUGUUAAUUUGAAAUGGCAUCCUAAAGAAUCUAGUGUGUUUUUGGUAUCUACGAAUGAUAAACGAAUCGUUUUGGUUAGGUUGGAUCGUGCUGGGUUUCUGGGGAUGUGGAAGAGGGGUAUUGGUAUGGGUCGAACGAUUUCGGAGAUCGAAGGGUUUGAUGGUCAAGAGAUUAUUCACACUAAUAGUCAUGUUGUUGGAUUUUGUUUUAGUCCAGAUGGAAGUGCAUUUGCCUAUGUAACAGAAGAUGGAUUGAUCACUGUAAGAGAAACGUUAAAACCACAUUGGACGAUUAUGGGAGGACAAUUAAGUGGAACGAAACCGAUUACGAAGAUUGAAUUUCUUACGAGUGUUCAGAGUCAGAAACCGAUUGGGUUUUUGAUCAGUCGAGAUUCCGGUAGAAUCUUAGAGAUUGUAAGUUUAAGUUCGAUUUCGAAAGCCAAGGUUCAGAUUGAGUUUUUAGUACCUGAAGAUCUGGGAUCGGAAUCGGAAUGUUUUGGGGAUUCGAAUUGGUUAGGACAAGAUUCGACGAUUUUGGUUUCGAAUUCGUUGAGAGGAUCGAUUUAUGGAUUUAAAUUGAGAGUUAAAGAAGAUGAAGAUGAAGAGAAUGAUCAGAUGAAGAAAAGUGAAGGGGGUCAGCUUGGAGGUAAACUUGAAGAGGAUUCGGUUUAUAUUGAAGGUAGAAGACAUCAACCGAGUGAAGAAAGAAUGUUUGUGGAACGGAUCGCUGAGAUCUCGACACCUGAUCCGAUCAUUUCGUUUGUGAUUGAUGAAGGAUCGAUGAAGAAUCGAAGCAUCGAAGGGAUCUCGACCUUUAAUAUUCAUCCCAAAGGGAUCCAUCAAUUGUUUUUACCACACGACUUUUUACGGUUUGAAGGAUCGAAAGAUCAGAUUGAAGAUCAUCUAGAAGAACAUCAAGGAGGGAUGAGUCGAAGGAAAUCGUUGGCAGUGGGUAAAAGUCGAGAACAUGAUGGGUUUUUGGAUGGCAGUUCUGCUUUGGUUGGUCAUGCAACACAUGUGAAUCAAAUUGAUGAAACCAGUUUGAAAAGACUUGAAGAGAGUUUAGUCGAAAGAAUGGGAAAGAUGUUCAUGAGUCAAGUGAACCAAUUAGAAAACAAGUUUGAAAAAGAAAAGAUUGAAGAAAAGAUUAUGGAGAAUGAAAGACAAAUGAAUUUGAUUGGAUUGAUUUCGAAUUCAUUAGAAAUCAAUUUAAAGAAAGUUUUAAAAGAAAUGAUUGUGAAUGAGAUUGAAAGGAAAGUAUUACCUGAGAUUUUAAAUUUAGUUCAAGAAACGAUUAAAAAAGAAAUCCAUCAAUUACUUUCAUCACCAUCCCCACCUACACCAUUACCAGGUCCAUCAAUAAACAUCCCGAUCCCAACCCAAGCACCUACUACAACAAUCCCAAGAAUGACAAACCAAGAUCCAAAGUUGAAUGAAAACAUAAGAUCAUAUGAAGAUAUUUUUUUGUCGGCUUUAUCAAAUGAAUCAAGUUUAAGAAUAGAUGAAUUGAUUGAAGUUUAUGAAUUAGAAGAAGUUUUUAAAUUCCCUGCUCCUGGUGCUGGUUUAUCACAACCUGUACUCUUGACACUUUCUCAUCUUUUGACUCAUACUUUGUCACAAAGAGAUCGGAUGGGUAGGGUUUUGGAUUUGGUUUGUGAUGGACUUUUGGAAUUUAAAAAUCGGUUUGAUCAAUCGAUUAAGUUUCAUCAAGAUCAAGAUCGUCGUGGUGGUUAUGAUGAUGAUGAUCAUCAUCAUCAUGGAAAUGAUUCGAUUGGAAUUGAUGAAGUGUUGAAAUUGGUGAUUGAAAAGAAAAAUCGAUUAAGAGUGAUUCAAACUUGA